GUUUGCUAUGAACACUUUACCAUUAGAAAUUAGAAUAAAAAUAUUAGAUAUUUUAUCGACUACUACAAAGGAAUUAUACGAAUUAAGUCUUGUAAAUCAUGAUUGGAAUUUAAUUGUAUCAACUACAAUCCUUUACAAGUCUCCCGCUUUAAGAUCAAAGAAUCAAUUUUACGCCUUUUUAAAUAAUAUUACAGCUAAAAAUCAAUUUUAUAUUCAACAUUUAGAUCUGACGUUUGUUCAUGAAUAUGUACAUAAAUUAGAUCUAAACUACAUGACAAAUUUAAAAUAUAUCAACCUUUCUAAAUGUACUCGAUUAUCACCGUUUAUUAUUUUCCAACUCAUCAAAAAUAACAUAAAGGGAUUACAAAGACUUGUGUUAGCUAACUGCACUAUCUCAAGUGAUAUAUUAAAAUCGAUUGGUCAAGCAGCUAAUCAACAGCAACUUGAAUGUCUUGAUUUAACGAAUACAAUGAUUCAACCUUGCAUAGCCAUUGAUGCUUCAAAUCAUUUAGAAGAUAUGUUAUUACUUGAUCAAAAUCAACUUCGAUAUUUAAAUUUAUCGUACUGUACAUGGGUCAACAGUCAAACCAUAGAAAACAUUGCUUAUGGUUUACCAAAAUUAGAAAUCAUUAUCUUACAGUGGUGUAAUCAGAUUCAACUAAAAUCAAUUAUCAUCAUGGUUCAACAGCUUGAAUAUUUAAAGAUGCUUGAUAUUCAACACAUUGAUACAAUUGAAAAUAAAAAACAGGUCUUGAAAAUUAUAAAGAAUACUAGAUCUGCUCUAUUAAAAAAGAUAGUUUUUACGUGUAAAAAAACUGUAACAAUUGAAGUUGCUUUAUAAAAGAACAAAAAAAAAUUAGUAUGUUUAACAAUAGUAAUAAAAACUUGGAAAAAGAAUAGUCUUUUUGAUACAAGUAGUCAUAAUAAAAUUAGUUGGAUACCAUUUUAUACUGUCAUUAUUAUUAAAAGGAAAACAUACACACACACACACACACACCCAUGAUAG